AUGAUGAACCCACAAAUCAUUGAAGAGAACACUGAGGAAGUUGUCCCAAUCCUGGUUUCACCACCAAAAUUCGAGGUUGAGGUGAACACGGAUGCGAGUGAUCAAAAUGGGCAACCCUGUUUUCGCAUUAUUUUCAAGAAAUACCUUGCGCGCACAGUGACCAUUCCGAAGUGGUUUAUGAAGAAGGCUGGGCUAUCGCGAAAGAAGGGAAUGGUGCUGAGGAACAAGCAAGGGAAAGUGUGGCCCAUUAAGCUGACGGCAAGAUCAUACAAUAGUGGUUGGAGGAAUAGGACUGAUAUGACUUGUGGGUGGUCUGAGUUCCGAGCGGCCAACAACAUCCAAUAUGGAGACACCUGUUCGUUCAAGUUCCUCCAAACUGAUGAAAAUCUAAUCCGUGUCCAAAUUUGCAAGGCACGUCAAUCCAGUAACAAGUGA